AUGUAUUAUGAAUUAUUUGCUAUAACCCGUAUAACGGAUCCUGUUAACGUCAGUAAAGAAGCCCAAAAGAUUGUGUCGACCAUUGGGAAAUUGAUUCUUAAUAAUAGAGGGAUUAUAAGAGAUAUAACAAGUUUAGGAUCAAGACCAUUACCAAAGAUUAUAUCUAAGGAACAAGAAAGACAUUUUCAAGGAUAUCAUUUCUUAUUAGGAUUUGAUGUGUCAUCUAAUGUUCAAGCUCAAUUAUUAAGAACUUUAAGAAAUGAUCCAAGAAUUUUAAGAGCUAAUAUUAAGAAGAUUGAAACUAAGAUUGAUUUAAAUCCAGGUACAACCAUUCAACAAGCAUCUGUUGGUGUAUUCAAAUAA